GAGCCGUCUUGCCAGCAUCCUAUUACCUAACCUAGUCCUACUAGGAACCAUCACCUCUACUACCUGAUCAAAUACUACUCCAACCUUUUCUCAACUUUCUUCCCCUUGUUCCCUCUCCAUCGCCGCCAUCAUGUCUUUCAGUGGCCGCAAGUUCUCUAUCAACCGCCAUACUGGCGCCCCCAAGACACUCACUCGACGCUUCAGUACGACUGAGCCUUCAACCAACGAAUUUCAAUCCAAGGUUCAUCGUCAAUUCCGAAAUGCUCAUGAGGGACACAUGCCUCAUGCUGGUCUCGAUGCCAGCCGAUCAUCCACUGGUGUUAUCUGGUGUACCGAGCGAGCCUCUGAGUACGGCUACCUUGAGGAUCCUGAAUCGUGGGCCAAUCUUGGCCAGGGUGCCCCUGAAGUUGAGGAUGACAUCGAGGGCUGCUUCCCCCGACCCGAGACCAUCAACAUCUCGAUGGCCGGCCGAGAGUACGGUCCUACCGCUGGUAUCAAGCCCUUGAGAGAGGCUGUUGCCAGACUUUACAAUGAGGAACAUCGCCAGGGCAAGGAGAGUCAAUACACCUGGGAGAAUGUUGCUAUCGUCCCUGGUGGCCGUGCUGGUCUCAUCCGCAUUGCUGCUGUUCUUGGUAACUCAUACCUGUCUUUCUUCCUUCCGGAUUACACAGCCUACAACGAGAUGCUGAGUUUGUUCAAGAACUUUGCUGCUAUUCCUGUUCCUCUGUCCGAGGAAGAUGGUUAUCAUAUUCACCCCGACAAGAUCGCUGAAGAGAUUGCACGCGGUACCUCAGUCAUCCUGACGUCUAACCCUCGUAACCCAACCGGGCGCGUUGUUCAAAACCCAGAGCUCGCUGAGAUUCAAGACAUUUGUCGUGAGAGAGCUACAUUCAUCUCCGACGAGUUCUACAGCGGGUAUUUUUACGCUGAAAAUUGCACGGGGAGCACAAUCAGUGCGGCCUGUAACGUUGAGGACGUUAACGAGGACGACGUCCUCAUCAUCGACGGCCUCACCAAGCGCUUUCGUUUGCCUGGCUGGAGGAUUGCCUGGAUCCUGGGACCAAAGGAAUACAUUGAUGCUAUUGGUUCAUGCGGUUCUUAUUUGGAUGGCGGCGCCUCCCAUCCUUUCCAGGAAGCUGCCAUCCCUAUGCUUGAGCCCAGCCUGGUCAAGAACGAGAUGAUUCACCUUCAGUCUCACUUCAGAGACAAGCGUGACUUCGUCGUUCGACGUCUCCGUGAGAUGGGGUUCGUUAUCAAAUACGUGCCCGACUCGACUUUCUACCUUUGGCUUAAUCUCGAAGGUCUCCCGGAGUCCAUUUCUGAUGGUCUCAACUUUUUCCAGGCCUGCCUCGCUGAGAAGGUUAUCGUUGUGCCUGGAAUCUUCUUCGAUCUCAACCCUUCGCGCCGCCGUGACCUUUUCGACUCCCCUUGCCAUCACUUCGUGCGACUUUCUUACGGUCCCCGCAUGGAUGUUCUCAAGAUGGGAAUGGAUGCCAUCGAACGUGUUGUUCAGAAGCACCGAAAGCUCAAUUAAGUGAUCCACCAAAACAACCAACACUUGUGACUGCUUGAAAUUCUCAUUCAACCUCAUGAGUUAUGUGUUAUUGUAUUGACUGAGCCAGGCUGUUAAGGGGCUUUGUGCUUUGUCAACUUUGAGACGCCUUAAGGUAUCAUGUCUGAGGGACAGAAAUGUGUUACCAUGACUGUUAUGCAUGGCAACUGUAU